AUGAGCUCUAUCACUGAUGAACAGCGCAAAAUGUUGAUUGAGGAAGCCAUUCGAGUGAAAUCAAACGCCUAUUGUCCAGCAAGUCAAUUUCCUGUUGGAUGUGCAGUUUUGUCACGCGAUGGAAGUAUAUUUGUUGGAUGUAAUGUGGAAAAUGCCUCAUUUCCUUGUGGCAGCUGUGCGGAGGUUGGUGCGGUGACAAGUGCUGUAACUCAUGGACAUAAAGAUCUCAUAGCUGCGGCUGUAGCCACUAAUAUAAAUGAGCUUGUGAGCCCCUGCGGUCGAUGCCGUCAGAUUCUUGCCGAAUUCAUGGGACCAGAUUCACCAGUCUUCAUGGUGAACAAACAACUUCAUGUGAAGGAAACAACGAUGGGAAACUUGUUGCCUUAUUCAUUCGAGAUGAGGAUGUUACCGACGCAAAAAUAA